AGAAGGCGUUUCUGUGCCAGAGGUGCCGCGGGGCUUCCUGUCGCAGCCCAGAAGCGCAUGAGAAGGCAGCCGCCUGCUUCCUCUUCCACUGGGGGACCCUCCGUGGCCAUGUCGGAGAGGCUCAGCAAACCGACGUGCCUCAUUGUGGCCAGCGCGGCCGCUGCAGGUGUAUCUGCUGACUCCUUCCUUCAUUCUUUUACACUGGCAAGCUCUGCUUUUAAUCUGCAGGUUGCUACCCCAGGGGGAAAGUCAAUUGAUUUCACUUGUGUUAAUGAGACAAACAUGCGGUGGAUCCAGGACUUCCAUAUGAAAUCCUAUGCAAACCCUGCCAAGCUGGAAUCAACUGAUGGUGCCAGAUAUCAUGCCUUGCUGAUUCCUGACUGUCCUGGUGCUAUGACAGAUCUGGCAAAUAGUGGUUACUUAGCUAGAAUAUUGCAACAUUUCAGCUCUGAGAAAAAGCCCAUUUGUGCUGUUGGACAUGGAGUUGCUGCCUUAUGCUGUGCCACAAAUGAGGACAAAUCUUGGGUAUUUCAAGAAUACAGUUUAACAGGGCCCUCAGUGUAUGAACUAAUAAGGCUGCCUAGUUUUACUAGUAUGCCUAUUAUCUUUGAGGACUUUGCGAAAGAUUCUGGAGCUACCUUCAGUGCUAGCAAAGCAGAUGCAAUACAUGUAGUGUUGGACAGACACCUUGUCACUGGACAGAAUGACAAUUCUACUGUUGCAGCUGUCCAGAAUCUUAUUUUUCUCUGCAAUGGCAGCAGAAAAUGAUGGAGGAAGUUUUGUAAAUGGUAUGAAUACAGAUUUCUUUGGCUUCAGCGAUGGAAAUAUGAGACCUUUUUAUGCCAACCUGUGGAAGAGAACAAGAUGAGACCUAAUAUUGUGAAAAAGAGCAUCUUAAUGGGUUGGUUCACACAAUCAUACAGCUCACUGUAGCUUUUCUACACCAUGGUGGGUUGCGACAUGUGCAGGUGGCCAUUUUAAAUAUUCAAGCUUCGGUUUGUAAUGACAUCUGAACCAAGGGAUUGUGGAUUAUGCAAGGAUUAAACAACAACAACAACAUGUUCUGUGCUAUACUUUUAGCUGAAGUUUUGAGCUAUAUUUCAAACUCUAUAACUAAUGCAGUAUUAAAAUUAUUUGCAGUCUACAAUAAGCUUCAAUCCAGUGCGAUAAAAUUAUUCCAAACCUUGUGAAUUGAUUUUUUUUUUUAAGGAAAUGGAACAACUGAAUGUAAAUUCAUUUAAUUUUAGUUGGAUUGAUU